AUGUGCUGUCUCUCCGAGGCACACGAGCUUGCGAAAAACUCGGCAGAGGAAUCUGCACGGGGAGACCCCACCGAGGACCUGGUCUCUGUGAGCUCCUCCCACGGCCCCGACUACGGCCCCGACCACGAACCGCUCAUCAGGAAAGAGUCCGGCGGCAUCCUGAAACUGGACCCCAAGAAGCCGCGCCGCAGCUCCGGAAGCUCAGUCGAGUUUCGACUGAAUAAACUCGAUAAGGGUGACAGUCACUCUCCGACGCCGUCCUAUGAUCGUCUGUCGGUCAGCUUCGCCCCCGAUAGCGGCAGCUCGACCGAUCAGCAGCCGCAGCAGCAGCAGCAGCAGCCGCAGCAGCAGCAGCAGCAGCAGCAGCAGCAGCAGCCGCAGCAGCAGCAGGUAGUGGUGCUGCAGCCACAACUGACUCAUCCGCUCCAACAGCAGCACUCCAAAAAAGCCGAGCUGGCGGUCAAAAGGAGAACGAGCACACUGGGCGCGGAGGAGGAGGAGGACGACGAGUACUCUGCCAGCGUGUCGCAGAUCCUGGAGCGGCACGGCUCGCGGCGCGGCUCCCGCCGGCUGCAGAGACAGGCCAGCAGCCGGGACUCACGCCGCUCGCUGCGGCGACGGCGCAGCCGCGGCUCCAAGAGCCACAGCGCCGCAUCCGGCGAUGUCGUUGUGGAGGUUGAAGAAUCUGACAAUGAAGAGCAGAUCUUCGAGAAUAUACGGCUUCACAAAGAAGUUAUCGGCGAAAUUAAACACCAGCCAUGGCCGAUGCAAAGAAAGCUGAAUCUGGUGACGCAGGCCAAGAUCUACGUGGCCAAACACGAGGGCGAGCUGGCGGAGCGCCUGGCGCAGAGCCGCUCGGCGCGGGACAUCCUGGCGCGCUACUCGCUCGUCUUCCUCAGGUACUGGCAAGUUUUCCAGCGCGAGUUUGCCAACUUUGUGACGUCGGCGGUGCCGUGGCAGAAGCCCAUCAAGCGGAUCGAGUCUCACUUCGGCACGGCGGUGGCCUCCUACUUUACAUUCCUGAGGUGGAUCCUCUUCAUGAACAUCGGCAUAAGCGUGCUGCUCGUCUGCUUUGUCAUCAUCCCCGAGAUCCUGGCUGCCGACAGACACGAUCUGGGCGAGAGAAAGGAGCUGCUCGAAGUCGAAAAGAAGCACGCUUACGACCUCAAGACCAUAUGGGACUUUGAGGGUAUCCUCAAAUAUUCGCCCAUCUUUUACGGCUACUACAAUAACAAGGACAAGACGUCGGCCGGCUACCGAAUCCCGUUCGCCUACUUCCUCUCCGGCAUGAUCGUCUACGCCUUCAGCUUCAUCGUCAUCCUGAAAAAAAUGGCGGAGAACUCCCGGAUGAGCAAGAUGUCGUCGAAGGAGGACGACUGCGCCUUUACCUGGAAACUGUUCACCGGCUGGGACUUCAUGAUUGGCCACGCUGAAACGGCGCUGAACAAGGUGUCGUCCAUCACGCUGGGUUUCCGCGAGUCGCUACUGGAGGAGCGCGAGCGAGCCAAGGAGGAGAUCAGCUGGCGGACGAUCGCGCUGCGGGUGCUGGCCAACCUGAGCGUGCUGCUGCUGCUGGUGGGCUCGGCGUACGCGGUCAUCCUGCUGGUGCAGCGCUCCACCGAGCCGGAGGCCACCUCCUGGUACCGCCAGAACGAGCUGACGCUGGUGAUGACGCUCAUCUCGAACGUGUUCCCCACGCUGUUCGACAAGCUGGGCCUGCUGGAGGGCUACCAUCCGCGUCAGCAGCUCCGUAUGCAGCUGGCGCGCAUCAUGGCGCUCAACCUGCUCAACCUUUACACACUCAUCUUCGCGCUCUUCGGCCGCGUGGAUGACAUUACUGCCGAGCUGACUGCCCUGAAGCCGAACUUUUCCUCGGUGCCACCGCAGCUGUCGGCGGUCGCGGCGGAGUUUCUCAGAGAGAACCCCACAGAGACGACCACUCUGCCCCAUCCGUGCUACGGCAUGGUGAUCAACUGCACCGCUCUCCGGCUGGAGGUGGCGAACGGCUCCUUCCUGGACCUAGCCACCACCACGGCCGCACCGGCCUCCGCCAGCUGGACGACCCCCAGCGGCAGCCACCACACCUGGACGGCGUCCUCUGCCGAACCGGCCGGCGCCGCCCCCACCGCGCCCAGCGAGCUCUCUCCCACCCCGUCCUCGUACAGGCCGACAGAGGCAUCCCCAUCCACCACCACAGACCAACCACAGAUCUCAGUCCAAACCCAGACACCGACUGACGUGCCGUACCCGUCCACGACGGACGCCACGGCGUCACCGUCCACCCACCCCUACCCGACGCGCGACUCCUCCGCGCCGACCUCUGUGGCGCCCACAGGCAGCGACCUCACCGACCUCUGGGUGCCCCGCUGGCGCGCCGCCGCCGCCGCCGGCGAGCUCGACUGGCCGGCCGGCCGGCAGCCGAGCACGGACGGGCCGUACGGGCCGGCGCUGUCGUCCGGCACCAUCCCGCCGGAGAUGACCAUCCCGCUGACGGCCGAGGUGCCGGCGCUGACCGCGGCCAGCGUGACCGACGGCCGGCCGGCCUCUGAGCUGUGGCCGCCGCCCUUCAUCGCCGCGCCGGCCGGACGGCAGAGGCGCCGGGUCGGCCGGGACACGGACGGGCGGCGGGCGGCGCGCCGGGCAGGGCCGCCCGACCAGAGCGGGCAUGAGCGGCAGGUCACCGAGUCGGGCCUCACAAUCGCAGAUGACCUGACCGGAGGGCCGCCAUUUGACGGCUCCGUGUUUCUGGAAUACGCUGGGGACGGCACGGAGCCCAGCCGGCCCUCAGUCAGCGGAGCCGCCCAGACCGAGUCGGCCACCGGCCCUGGCGGCCGCACCACCGGUCCAGAGGGCAGCACCAGCGGCCGCACCACCGGUCCAGAGGACGGCGUCACCGGCCCAGAGGGCAGCACCAGCGGCCGCACCACCGGCCCUGAGGGCAGCACCAGCGGCCGUACCACCGGCACAGAGGGCAGCACCAGCGGCCCAGGGAGCAGCACCACCGGCCCAGAGGGCAGCGCCACCGGCCCAGAGGACGGCGCCAGCGGCCCAGAGGACGGCGCCACCGGUCCAGGGAGCAGCGCCACCGGUCCAGAGGGCAGCACCACCGGUCCAGGGAGCACCACCGCAAAGGAUGCAGAGGUCGCGCCCGCUGGCACGGAGGAGAGCGGCGCCGCCGGCCCGGGCGGCCCGGUGCCUGACCAGGCGAGGGUGCACGGAGAGAGCACCUCUGCGGAGCUGGCCGCGUCUGGAGCGACCACCGCUGGCGGAGCGGCGUCCCCGUUAGCGGAAGUAGCGGCGGUGCCUGACAGAGACAUGGCCGGAGCAGAGUCCAGCUCUGAGCCCGGACGCGGGACCACGUCCACCGGUGUCCGGCGCACCGGAACAUCCACCGGGUCGGAGGUGGGGGCGCAGCAGACCACACUGCUGGCCGAGUCUGCCUCAUCGGCCGAGCCAGCACCCACACCGGCGACCACAUCCAGUCCCAAAACUCACCAGUACACCACUGAGCCUAGUACAAUAUCCAAUAUCUCAUCGAAUUCCACUGCCAUGUCCGCUUUGAAGCCCGGCCCCAUACCGGCGGUAGAGCAGACAACUACCGUGAAGGCCAUCCCAUCAGGAGGGCAGCACACUAGGCCGACUGUCCCUCUGGAUAUUGGGAGCGGCGGCAGCAGCAGCGCACCACCCGAUGUCGGAACGAGAGCCGCACCGACGACCAGCGGCGCGGCUCCGGAGCCGACCGGCGCGCCGGGGGACACGGAGAGCGAGCUCUGGGCGGCUGCCACGGUGCCGGUGACGGAGAUGGCGCCUUCCGCUGCCGAGUGCUACCGGUUCCUCUGCGCCGACAACGACACCGACUACUCGGAGCCGCCGAGCGAGGACGGUCCGACGACCCCGGGCGGCGGCGAGACGGCCACAGAUGUAGCGGUGAUCCGGGAGACGGCGCGGAUCUUCAACAGCACGGUGCGGCUGCAGCUGAGAAAGCUCUGUUGGGAGACCAUGUACGGCCAGGAGCUGGUGAAGCUCAUCAUCAUGGACACGGUGUGGACGGUGGCCUCCGUGGUGGGCAUGGAGUUCCUGCGCGCCCUGUUCGUCAGAGUGAUGAACAACUGCUGGUGCUGGGACCUGGAACGCACCGCUCCCAAAUACGCCGACUUCUCGAUCGCCGAGAACAUCCUGCACCUCGUCAACAACCAGGGCAUGGUCUGGAUGGGGAUGUUCUUCGCUCCCGGACUGCCAGCUAUAAACGCCGUCAAACUCGUUAUCCUCAUGUACGUGAGAGCCUGGGGCGUUCUCACGUCCAACGUGCCUCACGAAGUUAUUUUCAAGGCAUCCAGAUCCAACAACUUCUACUUUGCGCUGCUGCUGAUCAUGCUGUUCCUGUGCACCCUGCCCGUUGGCUACGCCAUCGUGUGGCUGGAGCCCAGCUGGCACUGCGGCCCCUUCAGCGGCUACCUCCGCGCCUACAAGAUCUUCACCAACGGGCUUCAGCGGGCGCUGCCCGACUCGCUCAACAAGAUCCUGGACUACAUCUCGUCGCCGGCCAUCGUGAUUCCGCUGCUGGUGCUACUCGUGCUGGUCAUCUUCUACCAGAUCUCGCUGGCCGGCUCUCUGCGCGAGUCCAACAACGACCUACGAAACCAGCUCCGCCGAGAGCGCACCGAGGAGCGCCGCAAAAUGUUCAAAAUGGCCGACGCAAAAACCAAGGAGCCCGAGAAGCCGUUCGACAAGUGGAGCAGACUGCUGGAGAAUACCUUCGCCAAGCCCAAGGCAGAUGAUGCGACCAAGCCACCCAGGACGCAGAAGGAGAAAGAGGCCAGGGCAAAGGAGCUGCUGCUGGAGGCUGUCCACCGGCGCCGGGAGCGGAUCGCCUCACAGCGCUCGGAGCAGAGCGCCCAGGGCCAGCCGCAGCCGGCCGCGCCGCCGCCGGCCAAAGCCCGGCGCGCCAAGGGCAGAGACAAGCAGAAGGACAAGGACAAGCCGUCCAGGGCGGAGAAGGGCAGGGGCGACUCGCGGGGAAAGUCGGGCAGCGUGGAGGCGGACCAGGGCGCGGCCAAGCGCGACUCGACGGCCUCGUCCAUGUCUGUGCCGGUGAUCCGCAUCAGCAAGGAGGACUCUGUGGAGCUGGUAGAUGAGCAGACGGUCGAGCCGGCGGCGCGGCGCGGCGACGGAGCGGCCGGGGAGCCGCCGCACCAGGAGGGCCGGGUCGCGGAGGGCGGCGCGGCGCCGGCGCCGGCGCAGCGCCGAGGCCCGGCGCGCUCGGUCAGCAUCGAGUCGCGCCCGGUGACGCCGGCCAGUCUGCACGGCUCGCCCUGCCUGUCGCACAUCGACUCGGAGUCGACGCGCUCCACCGACUCGCCGCCCGACUCGCCGCUCGGCUCCAUCGGCUGCUGAGUGUAUAUUGUAUUGUAUUGUAUUGUAUAUUGUAUUAGCGAAGCAUUCCAAUGAUGGAUUAGUGUCAGCUUCUAGUCAAUGACAAUAGUAAAAACAUAUAAAACACAAGCACACACACGCAUACACAUUGUACUAAAAUACCAAAACGCUAGUCACAUGUCGAGUUUAAAAGUCGUAGAAACUCCGCUCUUAUAGUUCGAGAGCCGGUGGCGGCAGGCGGCAGGCGAUUCCAGGACGAGGCCGCUCGGUACGACAAGGCCCGGCGCGACAUAGAUAGCCGGUAAGCCGGCAGCUCCAGUACACCGGCACACGUUGCCCGCGUUGAGCGCUGCGACACAGCGGCUCGCCGAGUGAAUAGGGAGCGGAUCGCCUCCGGAGCGCAAGGGUCACUCAGCGCCCUGAACACAGUGGAGCAGUCAUGGUGGACGACAAGAUCAGCAAUGUCAUGCCAGCCGAGGGCUCUCAACACCGGUGAAAUAUGUUCAGAAACCCGCGCCCCGGAGACGACCCUAGCACCAAAAUUCAGGAUCUUCUGCACCUUAUGUAAAUGACAACGAGCGGCCCCGCCCCAGACGGAGAGGCAGUAAAGGAUGUGGGGGAAAACAUGGCACUGGAUAAGGAGCUUACGGGUCUCGGGGGUAAGAUGAUGACGAAUUUUAUACAAACAUAGAAGGAUGGAAUUGCACUUUUUGACAACAUUUGAAAUGACAACAUUUGAAAUGUGCUUUUCCCAGGAUAGGGUUGAGUCGACCGUCACUCCCAGCAUCUUCACAAAAGUGGAUGGUUGUAGUGUGUGACCGGAUAUGGUAAGGGAAAAGGAUGAGGUUUUCUUGAGGUUCUGGCCAGUACCCACAAGAAGCAGGGUGGUCUUACUAGGAUUCAUUUUCAAGGAAUUGGAUGUGUAAUAGGACUGGACAGCGAGCAAGGUGUCCUCCUGUUUUUUUUUUUUUUUUAAGGACAGGUAAGUCAGUGGGAAGAGCGGAAUCGAGGAGUUGGGUAUCGUCUGCAUAAGAAAUGAGCCGUCCAUGAGGAAGGUAGGAAGGUAGGUCAUUUGUGAAGAUACUGAAGAGGAUUGGGCCGACCAGGGAGCCCUGCGGAACGCCAUGGGACAUAGGAAGGGAUAGGGAGCCGCCUCUCACCACCUGCCGCCAGCCACCGAGGUAACUCGCGAACCACCCGGGGUCAACACCGUACCAGCUCAACUUGGACAAUAAAAUACCAUGGUCAACACUAUCAAAGGCGCGACUGAGGUCCACCGACGUGAUGGCAACAAUGUGACCCCUGUCGACGCGGCGCGUCACCCACUCGACAGCGUCGGUGAGAGCAUCCUCCGUUGAGUGAUAUCGGCGGUACGCAUACUGAGAUGGUGAUAAAAUAGAGGACGUAUCAAGAUAAGAAGCGAGCUGAUUGCAAACCACCUUUUCACAUACUUUCGAUAAUACUGGUAAAAUUGAUAUAGGUCUAAAAUUAACAGCGCUGUCACGGGAACCAGACUUAUGAAGCGGCACGACAGAAUCAAGUUUCCAAGAUGAGGGAAACGUACGUAAAGAAAAUGUGGCAUUGACUAGAUGGAGAAUGUGGGGUCCAAUCACAGGAAAACACUGGCGAAUAGCAAACAGUGGCACACCGUCAUGUCCCACCGCAGUGGUCACACACCGGGCGGCCCGGGUCCGCAGCGCUGGCUCCUUACGCAGCACACCCGGGUUCGCAGCGCUGGCUCCUUUCACGGCACACCCGGGUCCGCAGCGCUGGCUCCUUUCACGGCACACCCGGGUCCGCAGCGCUGGCUCCUUACGCAGCACACCCGGGUCCGCAGCGCUGGCUCCUUACGCAGCACACCCGGGGUCCGCAGCGCUGGCUCCUUACGCAGCACACCCGGGUCCGUCAGACUCCCCGAGUCCGGGUACCGCACACACAUCACACGCUGGAUCCGUCGGGCUGGGCCCGCUCAGAGUCCGGACACCGGAUACGUAACGGUCCCGUCAGAUCGGGGGUUGCGGACUGCUUAUCAAAUGUCGAGGCCAGCCCGGGGUGGAUCGCCAGCCCGAGCCCGCGGCCAUUUUUGACGCGAUGGCCAGUGGUGCUAUUAGGAAUCGCAACAAGUGCUGCUAACUGUGACGAUAAACAUUGUUUGUGCGAGGAGGACUAUCGGAGCUAAAAACUGUCAGCAGCUUGUGUUUAGAUAGAAACGGCCAGCGCACGAAGCGUUGGGCUUAUCGCUGGUGUUGUUCGGAAAUGUUGCGAGUUGGUGCAGAUGCCCAAAUGAAUGAGAGCUUCGUUGUCGACAAGGCACCGUGACAAACCCUUUUAGAGAGUUGUCACUCAUCUCGCUAAGAAUGUGUUGCAUUUGAACGAUGACGAAUUAUUGUUUGCGCUUGUAUGCUCGUGAACGUAAAAGCCGGUUGUCAGUUGUACAGUUUAUGAACAAAAAUCAAUGAUUUGUUUGUUUUCAGCAUUGUCUUUGCAUGAUUUGCAGCUUGGAAUGAACAGAACAAAAAUGCCCUUUUAAUAUUUCGUGCCUUUUAUUUUCACCGCAUGGCUCUUAUUUACUUUUUAAAUUUGCAUCGUCCAGCAGCCUACGAACUUUCGAAGGGACAUAACGCAGUACAGCAUAAUAUAGCACGUUUCGUUUCCAAUCCUCUCCUUUUCUAUCUUGUUCUUUUAACCUAUUUUUCCAUAGAACAUACGAAUAAUUGCCAUGUUUGUUACUCGUGACUAAACGUGCGUGUGUCCGUUUAAGUGAUAUCAUACAGAAAUUGAAAUUGUGCUGGCUGGUAACAUGUGCGACGUGCAUGGCAAUUUAUUGGUGUUCGUAUAUAUCAGGCAAUAUCA